AUGGUGUCUUCGCAAACAUCUCCGGCCGGCCCGGCGACCUCGACAGGCACGCGGUUGUCGCCGGCAAAAUGGCUGGCCGCCUACGACAAUUUCAUCGCGAAGAAUCUCGGGCAGGUUUCGCAAAUCGAAUCGACCUUGCGGUCGCUGACCUACAUCAUCCCUGGACGCUUCCGUGACGCUGAGAUUGCCUCAGAAGCCAUCCACUCGGGCGUGCAGCUGCUGUCUCUUUACCACGACCUUUUGCUGCUCCGUACACCCUCUACCUCAACACCACCUACUCCGUCGGGUCACGCGUCGACAAACGCUCCCAAGCUUCCGCCAGGGCCUGCACAGCCUCCUUCACACCAUACACGCUACACGCGUUUUUGGAUUCAGAAAAGCCCCUUCUACAGGCGUGUUGCCAUUGUGCUGCAGGUCGUGCGCUACACCGAGCUGCUGUGUGAAAUGGCCGCCAAACGCCGCGGAGAGCGCCUGCGCUGGCGCGUGGUGAUCUUAAUCGAGGCCAUCAAGGCCGUCUGCCAGCUUCUGUUGUUCCGCAUCACGCGUGGGCGCAUGUUGCUUACGCCUGCCUUGCCUGUUCGGCAACCGCUUCCGGAGAACGAAGAGGACGUCGACGACCAUGACGAAGACGGUCUCCCUCAAGAGAGCAAGGCUGCUGCCGACAGCACCGCGAACGAAGACGGCCAGCCAACUGGAACGGCGCCAUCUCAGAAGGCGGUUCUCUCGCCGCAGCCGCCUUUGUCACCACCACCAUCGCCACGCCAGGCAUCGGCAGACCCUGAUGUCGAAGCCGCCAGCCAGCCGUCAGGCCGUGCCCCACUGUCACCGUCGCCGACAGAGACGCAAGCAUUGCCUCCCUCGCACACAAAGGGCUGGACGAUGCCACGAACGCAGAUGUCGAUGCCACCGCUGCCACAGCCAGGCGACAUCUCGUCCUACCUCUUGUCCCGUGUUCUGACGGCCGAUGACAUCAAGCCCGCAACCAAGCUGCUGAACCAGCUUCGAGGCUCUGCCCAGGUUGCCGAAAUCAUACACAUCCUCACGCCGCUUGUCUACGCUGUUGCGCUGGCUCGGACGCACCGCAAAGGGCGUACGUCCUGGGCGCCGUGGCUCGCCGGGCUGGCGAUGGAAUGUGCCGCGCGGCAGCUGCGGGACCAUAGCCUUCGCACACCGUCGCUAGAACGCGAGGAGUGGGGCCGGCGCGGCUGGGCUAUGGGCUGGUGGACAAUGCGCGGAGCCUUCUACGAGCACGUUAUGAAGGGUGUUGUCGGCGGUGUACGAUCCAGGGUCCCAGGCUUUAUCGGGGGGAUUAUCGAGGAUUACGAGUAUCUUUGGGAGAACUACUAUUUCAGCACAAGCCCACAGUGA